AUGCUUUGGAAGACUCUGAUGCUGCUGCUGUUCUAUUACAGUGCUUAUGCCACUGUGCCCCACAGAUGGAGCAGAGCUGUGCUUUUCCCAGCUGCUCAGCGAUUCAAGAGGUCCUCAGCUGCCUUCCUCAACCCAGUGUUACAAAACUCGCUGGAAGAUGUGGUCCUGCUUUAUGAGUUUCUUUUAGCUGAGCUUGACAUUGACAAAGGUCAGAGGAUCUCCAUCAAAGAUGAGGAGCUGGCUUCCCUGAGGAAAGCUGCUGAGUUUGACACCAUCUGCAAUGAGAUUAUCCCCAAGAGCAUCACAGAGAUCCGCAGGCUGAGCAGCAGGCUGUCUUCCUACCCGAGGGUCCUCAAGAAGGAAGACUUUGAAAGGACAGUGCUGACCAUGGUCUACACAGCCUACAGAGCUGCUCAGUCCCAGGGGCACCAGAAAGACACUUGGGCUGAAUCCUUUGUCAACCUCUACAAAGCCCUGAAGAACGACUUGAUGCUCCCAUACAACAAACAGCCCUCAUAAUGGAAGGGGAGCAGCGGCUCAGCUGCCUGCUCUGGUCGGUGAAGGACACAGUAGCACAACCACCACUUUAUUCUGUAAAGUUUCAUAGCCUGCUUCGUGAAAGAUUGUUCGUUUUCUGGCUCCCUCUUGUGGAGUCUGCUUUCUAGUCCCAUGCUAAAUGGUGAAAAACGUCUUCAGUCCUGAGAAUUCGAUUUUUUUUUGCUGGCUUGGAGGCACACUCUGUGACAGGAAAAGAAGGGAGUUUGUUGCACACCCAGGCAGACCCUUGUUUGAGGAAAACCCUUGACUCAUCCUUUGGGUUUCCUAUAUACAAUACAUAAAUAUAGUGUGCUUAUGCUCGCAUGCUGAUGUGCAAGUGCUGGAGAGUGCUGAUUGCCUAGCUGGGGAAACAAGCUCAUGUUUGGCUGGCCAGUAAGAGAAUAUGACAGAGAUUAAGGCCCGCUGUAAAAGGAAGAGGUUUCAUAAUGCCAGCCUUCAGAAAUUAUGCCACAUAUUAUUCAUUCCAAAUGUUCUCAUAAAUAAGCACUCUCUGAUUCACUUCAUUGGGCUGAGCCAGUGUUUAAUUGCAAUAACAUUUGCAGAAGACAAAGGGCAUUGUGAAGAUCAGCAGCAAACAAUGCCUGUGAACGUAUUCCCUGCUUCCUGGACUGUCCCAAACAGUCUGCAAUGAUUCUUUCAUUAUUUGCACAUGAAUUUGGUUCUGCUUCUUGUUUUUUUUUUUUAAAGGAACAU